UGUCAUGCGGGUACCUAGGUAUCCGUAGAAAUAUUAUUUAUCCUAAAUUCCACGAUUUAUUAGGAAUAUUACUGAUAUUUUCCGUUCAAAUGUGAAUUUACACCAUGGCGCACUGUAACGUUUGUCGCUGCUGCCUUGCCCAAGGGUUACACAAGGAUUUGAACUCGUCAUAUUUGUGGCUCGAUAAAACGGAGAUUUAUGCUGAUAUGAUGUUAGAAUGCUUCAGUAUCGUCCUAUCCCCAUCUGCCCACAUCAGCAGUGGCAUCUGUGACACAUGCGUCUCCACACUGCGGGCCUCGCUGGCCUUCAAACGUAUGGUGCUACAAUCGGAACAGGAACUCAUAACCAGGGCUCAGGACUUAGAUAUAAAACCUAAAGUGAAAGUGGAGUUGACAGAAAACAGCGGUGGCGACGACUCCGAUGACUACUUCCUCGCUGAUGCAGCGAGAGAUUUUCCAGAAGAGAAGAUAAAGGUAGAAGCAAAAGAACCGGCGAAGAAGAAGCAAGCACCGAAGAGGAGUAAGAAGAAUGCCGUCAAGAAGGCAGGAGACGGCUGGCGUGCGGAGAACUUCAAGAGCUUAGUGUCACAAAUUACCAAUAUAAACAACAGUAACGGCGAUGUCCCAAAAAUAACAAUAAAGAAGAAAAAAACACGGACACUCAUAAUAUCACCGGAAUGCAACAGCCAACCUAAAGUGAACCUCAUGUGGACGGCCCAUAUGAACUUGGAUAAGAGAAAGCACAAAGACAACUUACGGACCAUUUUGCAAUACUCCAACGUCCUACCGUUUAAGAACAAAUCACUUUUAGGUUACAUGUGUGGAUACUGUGAUGCAACGUACCCUGAUCCGGUUGACUUGAGAGCUCACACCGAGGCUGACCAUGAAGAGGAACGCUUGAACUUCAAAUCAAACUUUGAUAUGACCGAAUACAAUGUGCAAGUAGACAUAUCAGACCUCACAUGCACCCUUUGCAAUGAGAAAAUGGAAAAUUUGAACGUUCUCAAAGACCAUUUAGUUAAAAUACACAAAAAGAUAAUCUAUAACGAUAUAAAGGAUCAUAUAAUACAGUUUAGGUUGAAGAAAGGUGAUGUGUACGACUGCAUAAUGUGUUCAGCUACUUAUGAGACGUUCAAGAUGUUGAAACAACACAUGAAUGUGCAUUACGGGAACUAUACGUGUUCAAAAUGUGACAGUGCGUUUGCAACGAAGAGAUCUCUCAACGCUCACAGGUCAACCCACCAAGAAGGCAGUUUCAAAUGCGAACAUUGUGAGAAAGUCUUCGCUAGUCGAGCUAAAAAACAAUACCAUGAAAAAACAAAGCACUUAGGCGCCAGAAACAUAAGCAACUGUCCAUUUUGCAACGAACCAUUCCGGAGUUACUACCAACGGAACCAACAUUUAGUGAAAGUGCAUAAUUCCGAAGCCCAAUACAAGUGUAACGUGUGCAAUAAAGCCUAUAUUUUAAAGUCAUUACUGAUGUAUCAUAUAAAGAAGAAUCAUUUGAUGGAACGGAAUGCUCAGUGCACCGAGUGUGGCUACAGGUUUUUCAGCAAAAAAGCAUUAAAAGCUCACAUGGUCAAGCACACAGGGGAACGGAACUACCAAUGUGAAGUCUGUCAAAAGUCCUACGCGAGAAAGUAUACUCUAAGAGAGCAUAUGCGAAUACAUAACAACGAUAGACGAUUCAAAUGUGCAAUAUGUAGCAUGUCGUUUGUACAAAAAUGUAGUUUGAAAAGCCAUUUGUUGUCAAACCACGGGAUCAGUAUGGCCGCCAGUGAUAUAACUACUACAGAGCCGGAAAAGGAGUUACCACUAAAUGACGCUUCAAAGGAUUCCUGAGUAACGCUUGAAGGGAGUGGAAGGGAAUCGGUCAUAAUGCGGAUAGUGAAGGACUCUAACAGCAUGCCGCAGUCUGUUUCCUGCCUACCUCAGUGAGAAAUAAGCACGCACUCAGGGAAGGACUUUAAGGGGAUAAAGCAUUGACAUAAGUACAGUGCCAUACCGCGGUCAGAUCCAGGAUGUUCAUAGAACGGUCAGGGCAAGAGUACUUUGCACCGGCGAGCAUGAAGUUUUGGCGGCGAGGGUGUGCUGCCGCCAAAGGAUGUUUUCGGGGUACCGAACUGAGCAUAGUACCCCGCUAGCCACAAGUUGUUAGUGUGACUAGGGAUCGACGAUCCAACAGUGUUGUGUUGUGUUGGAAGUUGUAUAUAUGCGUCUUGCUGUGUAAACUUCGAUAGCGCGUUUCACGACUGCUUGAAGACUGCAUUAUCGAAUGUGGCGCCAUCUGUUGUACGUGGGCGGAACUAGGUGGACAACUAGUUUGGUCCGCUACAAAGUCUUUGAUGAAAGUAAACUUGAAGAAAGUAGGAAAGAUUUAAAAUAUUAUUCAUUAUUUGUGGGUUCUCUAGACUUUCAAGUAGUGGCGAAAAGGUGUAGAGCUCAUUUAGCUUGGUUUAUCUGUGACAGAAAUAAUAAUUUCGAUCACCGCUACACAUACGCCAUCUAUCGUUGCUGAGCGAAGGUCUCAACACGGUUAAAGAGCAAGGGAGCGCGCGCGGACUGUAUGUCUCGCUCGCUCUAAUACGGUAACGGCAAGAAUACGAUUUCCAUAUGGAAUGUUCGGUUAGGGUAUGCUGCCUGUAACUAUACAGAGUGUUAGUGACACCAUUACGAAUUCUAAGGGGGAAGAUUCAAGUAGUUUUUUUUUUUAAUAAUAAUAAAUAAUAAUAAUAAAAUGUUUUUAUUAAAGGUAAAAUCCCAAUGAUUACAAAGUUAAUAAUAAUAUUAUUAUAAAUAUAAUUGUAUAAUACAAAUUACAAAUUACUUAAAGGUACAAUAGUACCUACCGUCUAUAACACAAAAAAAAUUAAAACAACACAAAAUAAAUGUGGUGCGAUCAUUUUUUAUUUGAUUCCCGAUGUACUUUGAUCCAGUACCGUAUCAUCGGGCUAGUCAAGUCUCGGCUAACAACUUUAAGCAUGCUAUUAUCAGAGCAACGCAAUCUGUCCCAAAAUGAAGAUAUACGUGCCCUAACAAUAGCAAAAAAAUCGGGCAUUCUCGCCUCGGCAAACAUGCUGGACGCGCUACAAAAGCGAGGAAGCUUCAUAAGAAUGCGAUAUGCGUCAUUAUACUGCACUCUUAUGGUGCUAAAGGACGCCCUCUUGUGUCUAUACCAUAAUUGGCAGGUGUAGAAUAGGCUCUAUAGGGAAUAAAUGAAAUAGGCUCGCCUUUAACCACAAUCUCACCUGAUGGCAAGUGACUGUUGUCUAUGGUGGAGCACGUUUACCUAGCAAAUGCCUAUUCACUCUAGCCUUGAAGGCUCCCAGAUUAUAACGAAUUGGAAAUACAGACGACGGCAGACAGUUCCAGUCCUUUGAUGUUCGCGUCAAAAAGGAAGGAAGCAAAUGAUUCUGAGUUAAUAUCAGGUUGAAUUUUCCGUCAUCCGUUUUUGAGGGGCUCGGUGGCGCAGCGGUUAACGCGCUCGGUCUGCGAUUGUUGAAGUAAAGCAACUUACGCAAAGGCCGGUCAUUGGAUGGGUGACCACAAAAAAAAUGUUUUCAUCUCGAGCUCCUCCGUGCUUCGGAAGGCACGUUAAGCCGUUGGUCCCGGCUGCAUUAGCAGUCGUUAAUAACCAUCAAUUCGCACUGGGCCCGCGUGAUGGUUUAAGGCCCGAUCUCGCUAUCCAUCCAUAGGGAACGCCCGUGCCCCAGCAGUGGGGACGUUAAUGGGCUGAUGAUGAUGAAUAUUCCGUCAUGAUAUAUAUUUUUUUUAUGUUUGUGUCUAUGCUUCUGCGAUGGAAAAUUCCACUUGAUAUCAACUCUGAAUCAUCCCCCUCAGUAUUCUGUACGAUUUCACUAACACUGUAUAUAACCUCAGUUAUAAUUGUACAUACAUACAUACAUAAACUCAUGCCCGUAAUCCCAAAUGGGGUGGGCAGAGCCACAAAUAAUCAAAGACAACUUGCAGCCACUGUUGAUACGGUUAUAAUUGUAAUGUAAAUAAUAUUCCUGUAUCAUAUCAUGUAAAAGUAUAAUAAUUACACGUUAUUUAUAUUAAUGUUAAAUUUUAUUUUUAGGUUUGUACAUUUAAGUUACGUACCAACCAAGUUUUAUUUAAAAAUAAAAUUAGUUUAUGUC